GGGAUUCGAGGCCGCUUGGCCGUCUUCUUCGCCUUGGCUCUGCCCCUGUUUCCCCUGCUCCAGCUUCCCCAGUGCGUCCGGCCGGCGCUUUAUAGGUGCAGCCUGGGCGGCUCCACCGGCUGUUUUUAGGCUUUUUCGGAUUGUGGUUGUUCCUGUGGUCCGCAAAGAUGCAGCUGAAGCCGAUGGAGAUUAACCCCGAGAUGCUGAACAAAGUGUUGGCCAAGCUGGGUGUCGCCGGCCAGUGGCGCUUCGCAGACGUGCUAGGGCUGGAGGAAGAGACUCUGGGCUCAGUGCCAUCCCCUGCCUGCGCGCUGCUGCUGCUGUUUCCCCUUACUGCCCAGCAUGAGAACUUCAGGAAAAAACAAAUCGAGGAACUGAAGGGCCAAGAAGUUAGUCCUAAAGUGUACUUCAUGAAGCAGACCAUUGGAAACUCUUGUGGUACCAUUGGGCUGAUCCACGCAGUGGCCAAUAAUCAAGACAAGCUGGAAUUUGAGGACGGGUCAGUCCUGAAGCAGUUUCUUUCUGAAACGGAGAAGAUGUCCCCCGAAGACAGAGCCAAGUGCUUUGAGAAGAAUGAGGCCAUUCAGGCAGCACAUGACUCUGUGGCCCAGGAGGGCCAGUGUCGGGUAGACGACAAAGUGAAUUUUCAUUUUAUUCUGUUCAACAACGUUGAUGGCCACCUCUAUGAACUUGAUGGGCGAAUGCCCUUUCCCGUGAACCACGGCGCCAGUUCAGAGGACGCUCUGCUGCAGGAUGCUGCCAAGGUCUGCAGAGAAUUCACUGAGCGUGAGCAGGGGGAAGUCCGCUUCUCCGCAGUGGCUCUCUGCAAAGCCGCCUAAGUCCUGGAGGGGAGAAAACCAGCCGCUCCCCUUCCCCUGGGCAGGCCCACGCGGCCCUGCCCUUGGUCUGCAGCUUUAGCACUUAGAACCACAGCUGUCCUCUUCCGUUCCACAGCCCCGUUACCUCCACCCUUCCCAGGCCACCAGGGAGCUCUGUCACAGCCACACCAGUGUGAACCUCAGAGGCAAAGCGGUUUCCCCUACUGUGUCUCGUACCUUAAUAUCUACGGCUUCUUUGGUUUGUGUCUGUAAGUCAAGGCUUUGCGUGUGGUUUGUCUGUCCUUAAAAGGAAUAAUAAAACUUUUCUGCUGGUAA